AUGGAACUUCAGAAUCUAACAAAGGUCUCAGAAUAUUACCUGCUGGGACUCUCAGAUGAUCCAGAACUUCAGCCCUUCAUACUUGGGCUCUUCCUCUGCAUGUACCUGGUUGCCAUACUUGGAAACAUGCUCAUCAUCCUGGCUGUCAGUUCUGAUUCCCACCUCCACACCCCCAUGUACUUCUUCCUUUCCAAUCUGUCUUUGGCUGACAUUGGUUUUAUCACCACCACAGUCCCCAAGAUGCUGGUGAAUAUGCAGGCACACAGCAAAUCCAUCACUUAUGCAGGUUGCCUAACUCAGGUGUCCUUUUUCUUCCUCUUUGGCUGUUUGGACAGUCUACUCCUGGCCGUGAUGGCCUAUGACCGGUUUGUGGCCAUUUGUUAUCCCCUGCACUACCUGGUUAUCAUAAAGCCCAACAUAUGUGGCUUCUUGGUUCUGGUCUCAUUUUUUGUGAGUCUUUUGGACUCUCAGAUUCAUUGCCUGAUGGUAUCACAACUUGUCUUCUGCAAAGACGUGGACAUCCCUCAUUUCUUUUGUGAUGUUCCUAAGCUUCUCCAUCUUGCAUGUUAUGACAUAUCCACCAACUAUAUUGUUAUAUUUCUUGUUGGGACCAUCUCUGGUUUUCUCCCUAUAUCAGGAAUUAGUUUCUCUUACUAUAAAAUUGUUUCCUCCAUUCUGAGAGUCUCAUCAUCAGGUGGGAGGUAUAAAGCCUUCUCCACAUGUGGCUCUCACCUGUCAGUUGUUUGCUUAUUUUAUGGAACAGGUCUUGGGGUGUACCUCAGUUCAGUUGUCUCAUCUUCCCCAAGGGAGGAUGUGGUAGCCUCAGUGAUGUACACUGUGGUCACACCUAUGCUGAAUCCCUUUAUCUACAGUCUGAGGAACAAGGACAUCAAAAGUGCCCUGUGGAGGAUUGUCAGCAGAAUAGCCUAA